CUCCAACAUUUUUGCCUUUUUUUUUUUCAUGAAAAAAAGAGAGUAAAUUUUAUUAGUAAAUACAUUCGGUAUUAAUUCUGGGAAAAGAUCUUGUCGGUGCAAAAUCGGAGAUUACUGUUGUCUAGUCCCUGCAACAAGCUCAAUUAAGCUCCAAAAAAUAAAAAAUAAAAAAAAUUAUGCCGGAACACUUGGUAAUAACAGUCGGAGCUGGUCCGUCGGGGCUAGCCGCCGCCGGUUGUCUGAGCCAUUUAUCGAUACCACACACAGUUCUCGAAAGGGAAGACUGCUCUGCUUCACUAUGGAGGAAAUACACCUACGAUCGUCUCCACCUUCACCUCCGAAAGCACGUCUGCGAGCUUCCCCACAUGCCUUUUCCCUCCGAUUUCCCAAACUACGUACCCAAAAACCAGUUCGUACAAUACAUGGACGAUUACGCUUCCCACUUCAAAAUCGCUCCUCUGUUCCAAAGAUCCGUUGAAUCCGCGAGUUUCGACGAGGUUUCCAAGAAAUGGAAGGUGAUAGCGAGGCACGGCGGUUCCGGCGAGAUUGAGGAACAUCUCGGAAGGUUUCUUGUGGUGGCUUCCGGCGAAACGGCGAACCCUCAUGUACCUAAAGUUGAAGGUUUGGAAACUUUUCCCGGCGAUGUUCUUCAUUCGACCCAGUACAAAAACGGGAAGGGUUUCGAAAACAAGAACGUUUUGGUUGUUGGAUCUGGAAAUUCCGGCAUGGAAAUUGCUUUGGAUCUAGCAAACUAUGGUGCCAAAACUUCUAUACUCAUCAGAAGCCCAGUUCAUAUUCUGACAAGGGAGAUAAUGUAUUGGACUGGAAUGUUGUUCAAGUAUGUAUCAUUUAACACAGUGGAUUCAUUAGCUGUGUUGCUGAGCAAACUGGUUUUUGGGGACCUUAGUAAAUAUGGAAUAAGGAGACCUACAGAAGGUGGGCCUUUCUAUAUGAAGGUUAAGCACGGCCAGUAUCCGAUUUUGGAUUUAGGAACCUGUGAUAAGAUCAAAAAGGGGGAGAUUCAGGUUUUGCCUGAAGGAAUCGAAUGCAUUAAAGGCAAUGAGGUAGUGUUGAGGAAUGGAAAGUCGUACCAAUUUGACGCUAUUGUUUUUUGUACUGGCUUUAAAAGAUCCACAAAUUUGUGGCUCAAGGAUGAUUGUCUUUUGAAUGAAGAUGGAUUUGCAAAACAAAGUUAUCCCAAUCAUUGGAAGGGAAAGAAUGGGUUGUAUUGUGUGGGAUUAUCAGGAAGAGGGCUGUAUGGAGCUAAGGUAGAUGCUAUAAACGUAGCAAAUGAUAUCAAGUCCCUUCUGUAAUGAAAAAUGUUUCUAUCACGACAAACAUGUUCAACUUUUGGGCACACAUACACUAUACUCUAUACUGUGUAAUUUUUUUGUUUAGCUAUUCAGAUAUAGACUUUAUAUUUGGCAAGUCAGACAGUUAAUUUCGGCAUAAUUUGUUAGGAUGAAAGCGACUUUUUUUUUUUUUUUUGGGUAAAUGAAUGAGAACUACUUGAAGAGGAA